UCUUUGACAAACCUUUUUAAGAGUCGGCGGAAAUGAGGACAAAGGAAUUCCGCCUGGCGGAGGGAUAGCAUAUAAGGAGCGCAGGGAAGGAGGCGGGCUCUCUUUGGUCGCCUGGGCGUCAAGAUGACAAAGAAGAGAAGGAAUAACGGCCGGGCCAAGAAAGGCCGGGGCCAUGUCCAGCCCAUCCGGUGUACUAACUGUGCCCGAUGUGUCCCCAAGGACAAAGCUAUUAAGAAGUUUGUCAUCCGAAACAUUGUAGAAGCAGCAGCAGUCAGAGAUAUCUCUGAAGCAAGUGUCUUUGACUCAUAUGUGCUGCCCAAGCUCUAUGUGAAGCUUCACUAUUGUGUUAGCUGUGCCAUCCACAGCAAGGUGGUGAGAAAUCGCUCUCGUGAAGCCCGGAAGGACCGUACCCCUCCACCCAGGUUCAGGCCUGCAGGUGCUGCACCAAGACCACCCCCUAAGCCUAUGUAAGGAGAUGGUUUGAAUGAUGCCAGUUUCUACUGUUGACCUCAAUAAAUGGAUUUAAGAAUGGUCUGCUUA